GUCCUUGGGAAUGAAGAUCCCGAUGGUUGGUUACAUGAUAUGGGUUUAUGUACGCCUUUGAUUUCUCACUCGGAGUCGAGGAAGCCACAAAGAAAUCAUUGCAUGGAAAGGAUCGAGAAAGUUAAGAACACCUCAAACGUCAUGGCUUACAAUACCAACCAAACAUCAAACAUCCCAAUCUCAAUAGCAAACAACUCAAACCGAGUCAACCAACUAGAACGAUCGACUAGCACAACAACAACAAACAACAAACUGCAUCGCAAGACUUCGAUCAACCAACCCUCGCCUGCCAGAUCGAUCGAGGGUAGUAGUACAACUGCUGCUUCGAUCCGCGAUCAGAAGAUCAUCAUGGAUCAUCAUCAACACCAACAAGCUUAUCAUUCAAGGAACAUGAUCAACAACGAAAACGCGCAUAACCCCUCAACAGCUACCACUGGCGUAGCACCACCACCAGGAACAGGAACGACAACGACCUCAAAUGGCAUGACUACUAAUAACAACGAACCUAAUAGUAAUAGUAACCAACCACCACCACCACCACUGCGCCAAUCGGUAGCCCGGCCUAACAGACCAUUUACCGCUCACACUGCUACCUUACCCUCACACCAUUCCAGCUCCAGAUUACCACUCCUACCGACCGCCAAAGUCGAAGCCUCACCAGCUGCUUGCAUGUAUCUCUCAAAGGCUUCGAUCCACGGCCCGAAACUGAUCAAACCACUCAGGGCUCAUACGUCCACCUUGGUCAACGAUGCUAUCUGGAUCUUCGGCGGGACGGACCUUACGGGCUGCUUCAAGGACGUCUGGAAGUUGGACCUCGAGACGCUCAGUUUCACUAAGAUGAAGUGCAAAGGAUCCGAGGAUGACGACGAGGAUGAGAAUGAUGAUCACCAACAACAACAUCAGAUCAAUAGUCUCGACGAUCCUCAUCAUAAUCAUCAUCAUCAUCCCAAUAGUCGCGCCGCUUCUAAUAAUCAUCGUCUUCAUCAGCCGGCGCGCAAAGUUCGCUCCCAUCCUAAAGAUCAUAUCCCGCCCCCUUGUCGCGCUCAUUCUGCCACUCAUCUCGAUGGCCGAAUCUUCAUCUUCGGCGGAGGCGACGGGCCGAAUUAUUUCGAUGUUUUGUAUUAUUUGGAUACCAUUUCAUUGACAUGGACGAAACCGAAAGUGAAAGGAAUUUUGCCAUCGACUAGACGAGCCCAUGCGACAGUGUUAUACGGAACCCAACUGAUCAUCUUCGGAGGAGGCAAUGGAUCACGGGCCUUGAACGACGUCCAUGCGCUCGAUCUGAGUGAUCUGACGAACCUCGAAUGGCGCGAACUGGCGAUCAAGGGUCGCUCGCCUCUUAAUCGCGGCUAUCAUAGCGCAAAUUUGGUCGGCAGUAAAUGUAUCAUCUUUGGCGGUAGUGAUGGGGGCGAAUGCUUUAGUGAUAUCUUUAUCCUCGAUUUGGAAAAUUUGAUGUGGAUUCAGGUCGAGGUGGAAUGUCCGAUCGCUCGAUUGGCUCAUACUUCGACUCAAGUCGGAUCUUAUUUAUUCGUGAUUGGUGGACAUGAUGGAGAAGAUUAUACGUCUGAAGUCAAGCUGUUCAACUUAGUUACUUUACAAUGGGAACCAAGGAUAGUUAGAGGACAACUACCACCGAGGAUCGGAUACCAUACAGCUACUUUACACGACUCUCGAUUGAUUAUCAUCGGUGGUUUUGAUGGACGACAUGUGUAUGAUCAAGUGUGGUGUCUCGAACUCGCCUCUUCGGCGUAUCUUCCUCAAGUCACUAACUUCACUAUCCCCGUCGAUGAUCAUCUGCCCUCGGAGACUGAUCAAUAAAUCCGAAAAAUAAAAAUCAAAAUUGUACGAUUUGAUCUACAUAUAAGUGCCAGGGUUAUGCUUCUCUCUCUUUCUGUCAUUUUUUGUCUCCUGAUCCCCCUCCUUUCUCCUCCAUCUAUCUAUCAAACAAUACAAUUCAGAUGUUAUCAAGUUCAUUCAGCCUUCUGGAGUGUUACAAUACAUUUACACCAUUUGCUUUUAAUCAGGUUUUUUUUAUGUUUAUUUUUUGAAAAACAUAACUGCACAUUUCUCCUUUCUUCAUCCAAUCUAGAAUAGUUUUUCUCUUUCUCACUUUGUUUAUAACAUCGAGGACAGCAACAAUCACACAUUUGAUUAUUUGUAUUUAUUUUCAUUCUAAUUACCAUCUUCUUUUUUUUAUCAAUCCGAUUUGAUUCUCUCUUAUGUGCUGGGUUUUGUGAUUCUAAUUCAGACA